CCCUAAAUCAACUUUGUUUCCUAAUCUCUGCCACAGUCACUAUAUUUACUGAAGGAAACUUGGACACCCACCAAUGAGAUUAUGUGGCUCAAUUAUUGGCUGCCUGCGCCUAAUCUACUACCAAUGCGCCUUUGUGCCCACAGCAUGGUGACCGUGCAGGAGGGAUCCCUUUCAAAACAGGAAAAGCAGCCGUUCAGAGAGAUAUCUGUGCUGCCGGGACCAGAUGGAUUAUUUUUGAUGAUUCAGCAAGUUAGCAUGUGCCGCAAGAGGCGUUUUCCUGCCGUGUUUCCUGUUAGGCUUUUUUCCUCUUUUUGUUCUGCGUCACGACUCGCUUCCUGCCUGUAACCGCAGGUGCAAUGGCAGUGGAUAACGUUCAGCUGCAGAGAUAUUUGCAAAGUCGCCGCAGCACCAUCAACUGCCUGUCAAAGGGUGCGAGCGACAAAAAGACCUUUCCGUUCUCCCAGCAGGACGCGGUGAAAGCGUGGAGCUCUCUGGGGACCCUGGACGGCCACGAGUGCCCGUCAGGUGACGAGAAACCCAAACAACAACAUCACGUCAAAGUUAAUGUUGGCGGGAAGGUUUUCCACAUCCCCAAACAGUGUGCCAUGAACUAUCCUCACACCCGUAUCGGCUCCCUGGCCACCUGCACAGACCGAACCCGCCUCCUCAAACUCUGCGAUGACUACUCGGUUAAAAAGAAUGAAUUCUUCUUUGACCGUGACCCGGCCUUUUUCCACCACAUCUGCCAUUUCUAUGCCAGCGGAGAGCUGUGGGUCAUCCGGGAAAUGUGUCCAAUCCACUUUGAGGAGGAGAUCGCCUACUGGGGCUUGAGCCUGAAGGACACCAAACGCUGCUGCUGGCUGGUGUUUGAGGAAAGGGUGGAUGAGAUGAAGGACAACCUGAAGGUAGAGCGAGAACUCAUGGCUGAGAUUGAGGUGAAGUAUGAUGACGAGUUGUUCGAGGACAUGGCGUUUGGCAGCGUACGGAAGAGCUUGUGGAACAUUGUGGAGAACCCCUAUUGGUCAAUUUGGGCGAAAGCUUUCAGCGUGCUCUCUAACCUCUUUGUCCUCUUCUCUAUUUUGGCAAUGUCUCUCAACACAUUAGAGGAGCUUCAAAUCUAUCAAAUCUGUGGGAAAACCUACAUGGAUUGGGUGGAGAUCGUUACCAUCGUGUUCUUUGCGUGUGAGUAUUUGAUUCGCCUCGCCACCACUCCCAACAUCAAACUGUUUGUCAAGAGUGGACUCAACUUUGUGGACAUGGUGGCUGUCAUGCCUUAUUUUGUCCAAAUCAUCGCAGAAGCCGUGAUGGGCACUGACGACGCACAGGAAGACCUCGGGACCCUGGCCAGUGUCAGCAAGUUGAGCCACGUCCUCAAAGUAGUCAAACUCCUGAGGAUUUUUCGCAUUUUAAAACUGGCCCGCCACUCAACCGGCAUGAGGGCGUUUGGGUUCACCCUGCGGCAGUGUUACCAGCAGGCCUGUUGCAUAUUGCUCUUCAUCGCCAUGGGAAUCUUCACAUUCUCUGCUCUCCUGCAUUCAGCCGAGAGGGAGACGGAAGACUCUCCCAUCAGCAGUAUUCCUUACGCCUGGUGGUGGGCUGCGAUUUGGCGCUACCUGUUCUUCGCCCUCGCUCAUUCUCAAGUCAGCAUCUCCACUGUGGGCUACGGGGACGUGGUUCCUGUGACGAUCCUGGGUCGCAUCGUAGCCUUCGGCUGCAUCUCGUUCGGGAUCAUCCUGAACGGAAUGCCCAUUUCCUUCCUCUUUAACAAGUUCUCCGAUUACUACGCCAAGCUGAAGACCCAGGAGUACAACACUAUCUCGAUCAAACGCCGCCUGCAGCUCAGGAAGCGCCUCCGACACAGAUUGGACACGUGUUUUUGUCCCACAGAGGAAGAGGACAAUCCUUCUCAAGCAUCCGUCACGUGAGGAAUGUCAGUGGAUGCUUGAGAAGGAAAUACUGUGGAUUUAAAACAUCAGCGCCUGUACAUGAAAAGAAACUGGAACAUUAUGGAUAGUAUGCGGUCAGUUUAGUUCAGUUACAGGCCAAAAGUAGUCACGUUUUUACAUUUUGAAAAUGAUAAGUCCUUAGCAGCGGAUGCUGGUAAGACAGAAUAUUCCACAGUUGACAGUCUUAUUAUUAUUAAUAUCUACAAGUCUAGUAACGGGUUUCAACAAAUAUGAAUGCACUUUACCGCUGAGUUUUGGUCAUGAAAAUACCAAAGAAAAAUGACUUGUGAAUUUAAAUCACUUUGCAGACUCCAUGGCAAACUGUAAAUAAGUUAAUAAUUUUCUUUUUGUAUUGUUAAUCUACUUUUUUUUAUCCUAUUUAUACCUAUUUGUUCAAGGUUACCCACAUGCAACAAUAUUAAUUUAUUUUGUUAUCUUAACUUGUAACACUGCUUCACAACAUAUUUGCACGGCGGUAUCGCUGAAAACAUGCCACACCUGACCGCCGGUAAGACCGUAUCAGUAUCUUAGUGCUCAGGAAGUUCCAUGUUGACUGAGUAAUCGUGUCAUAACGUUGCACAAGUUCUUCUCUGAGUUGCAGAUUUCCCCCGGUGACUCGGCUUGCGUCAUCCGCUUCAAACGAGCUCACCCACCACGGUCGAUAAAAAUAAUCAUUUCAUGCUUUGAAAGUAUUUAUUCGUCAUUGCCCAAGGUAAUAAUCUCUCCAAUGUUUGCGUUGCAGAGUAGCGCAGUGGUGCUUUUCACACUCUUGGCUCAAGUCAUCAUGAUCAGCAUGUAAGGUUAAUCUCACCGUUAUCUAUUAUGUGUUAUCCUGACUAUCACUGAAAACAUGACAUGGAAUCCAGGAAGUGAACUACAUGUACUGUACUAGAUGUAGAAUGGAUGGGGGGUAGGAUUAAAUAAGCUUUGCUUCUUCCUACUCCUUUUGGACAUGUGGAACUGUCAAAAAAUGAUUCACGAGAUGUAUUCCAUUGUAACCUUCAUGUUCAAAUAAGCUAAACCAAACCAAACCAAACCAAUGUUCUGCCAACUCACGAGGUGAUGUUUCUUUAAAUUUACUAGCCUUUGAGGUCCCGAGAGACAAAAAAGGUAUUUUUCUGUUUUGUUUCUACUCUUGUGCUCAAAUCUUUCAAUCAACUUCAGUCCUAAUCAAAAAUACCAAGUGUGUCAUUAUUUCUUUAUUAUUUCAGUGCUUUCAAUGAAUGUACGACGGAGUAUUAGCUUGUAAAUUUACGAGAAAAAAGCCGUAAUAUUACCUUUGACCACGGGCAAAUGUCACAUAAGUCCCCCGUUUUCAUAGCUGUCUCAGGCAAUGCCUGUUAUGACGGAUUAUUAUAAUAAUAUUAUUAAAAAGUUGUGUAUUUGCGAGAAUAAAAGUCGGAACUUUACGUUACAGGCAUUGCCUGAGGCAGCUAUGAAAAGGUGGUCUUAAGUGGAGGAGGCGGAGUAAGGAAGGCGGAAUUGAGAUGAUGCUAACCCAUGCUAAUCUGUUUGAGCGCAGCUGCUCUGUUUUGCUGUCCUGUUAUAAACGCUUAUGACACGAUGAUAUGGAAUGGUACAACUUUAUUUUAUUCUCGUAAAUGUACGAGAUUUUGAGAAAAGUCGUAAAUUUACG